AUGGUUGUAUCUCACUUGAAAGCUUUGGAGAUGUUUCAAACUGUAAAUGGUUGUGGAAGGUCUCGCUUCAUGGGAGUUACAAAGUACAUCCACUCUAUGGGAAAUGCUAUCGAAUAUCAUUUUAUCAGUGUCGGUCUUCAACCUCAGAUUCGAAAGAAUUUUGUAGGUAGGUUCUUUAGGGGGAACACGUUUACAAUACGUUGUCCACAUCUCAAGGUGGACUCAAAUUCAGUGCGUAUUCGACAUGAUAGAGAUUACACUUUUACACUGCGUCUUCCAGAAGAUUGGUACAAUGACUUUUCUGGGUUCUUAAUACGCGUUGUUACCAACGACAUAAGUCUGGAUAUUGAUAUAGUCAUCAAGCAUGAGCCACAUGAAGAAGAUUCUCGAUUUGAGCUUUGGCAGGAGUCUCAUCAAGCACCAAAGCCCGAAUAUAAUGGGAAAGGAAAGACACAUAUGGGAUAUAAUCCUUUUGCUCAGCUUGUUCUUCGGAAAAGUAAAGAUGAUACGCAUCAAACAACAAAAGGCACAACAAAUUCCUCACAGGUUUGGGAUAAGGAAGAUCAUAAUAGAAAGACAUUUGAGAUCCAACAAGAUUCAAAGUCUUCUAUCAAGAUUCUAUGGCAAGCUUAG